AUGGCAGCAGCUGAACAGCUGGACAGAAGACUAUGGUGGCCUUGCCUUUCUGAUACUAGUAUUUGGCUUAGAAUGGCAUGGAACAAGACACCUUCAGACAUAUUCUUUGCCUUUAAUGCGACUACCCAAUUCACCACCGUUGCUCAUACAUCCUUGCCAGUUUCACUCAGGAUAUUAAUGGCUACAGUAAUUCUCCUUAUGAUUGCCAUUGGAUUCUUAGGCAAUACUAUUGUCUACUUGAUUGUUUACCAGAAGCCAGCUAUGCGUUCAGCAAUAAAUGUGCUUUUUGCUACACCAGUUUUCUCUGACAUUAUGUUGUCUUUACUCUGCAUACCAUUUACUGCUGUCAGCAUUAUUACAAUAAACUGGAAUUUUGGAGCUCACUUCUGCCGCAUAUCUGCUAUGCUUUACUGGUUUUUUGUCUAGGAAGGCGUCUCAAUACUUUCAAUCAUUAGUGUGGAUCGAUUCCUCAUCAUUGUCCAGCACCAAGACAAGCUGAACCCUCGUCGUGCCAAAACCGUGAUAGCUGUUUCAUGGGUCUUCUCGUUUUGUAUCUCUUUCCCUUCCGUUGUCAGAUGGACAUUUGUGGAAGUGCCAAGCAGAGCUCCCCAGUGCCUUGGAUACACUGAGUUCUCUGCAGACCGAGCUUAUGCAGUGAUGUUGCUUGUGGCCACUUUCUUUAUCCCAUUUGGCAUUAUGUUGUAUUCUUACCUUUGCAUCCUAAACACUGUCCGUCAGAACACAGUCCGGAUCCACAACCACACUGAGAACAUCUGCCUCAGCCAGGUGAGCAGACUAAGUUUGGGACUGCAAAAGCCUCACCACGUUAACGUAGACAUGAGCUUCAAAACUAGGGCAUUCACUACCAUCUUUAUUCUGUUUGUUGGCUUUUCCCUAUGCUGGCUUCCUCACACAGUCUUUAGCCUGAUGUCAGUCUUCAGCCAAUGGUUCUAUUACAGCCCCUCUUUCUAUAUAACUAGCACUUACAUACUGUGCCUGAGUUAUCUCAAGUCUGUUUUCAACCCCAUCAUCUACUGCUGAAGGAUCAAGAAAUUCCAUAAGGCCUGUCUGGAAUGCCAAAACAUGCCAAAAACAUUUAAAAUCUUUCCUGAAGUGCCUGGAUGGACAAAACGGAGAAUAAGGCCAAGUACAAUAUAUAUCUGCAGUUAUUCCCCAUCUGGAGUUUAGAAAUAAACCCUGAUCAUUAAUGUAUUAGAAAGGAGAAACAACAGCCAAUAGCAAGACGGGAUUUGUUGUGUCCAAAAUCUGGAAUGAAUGAAUUCAAGUUGUGGUUUAAUGAACUCUAGGUAGUUCAUCCUGGUAAAAGAAAUCCUUGGUGAGUGGUUAUCAG